AUGGGGCUCGUGGUGGGGAGCAGCGUGGGGUUCGUGGUGGGGAGCACUAUGGGGCUCAUUGUGGGGAGCAGUGUGGGGCUCAUGGUGGGGAGCAGCGUGGGGCUCAUUGUGGGGAGCAGCGUGGGGCUCGUGGUGCAGAGCAGCGUGGGGUUCGUGGUGGGGAGCACUAUGGGGCUCAUUGUGGGGAGCAGUGUGGGGCUCGUGGUGGGGAGCAGUGUGGGGCUCAUUGUGUGGAGCAGUGUGGGGCCCGUGGUGCAGAGCAGCGUGGGGCCCGUGGUGGGGAGCACUAUGGGGCUCAUUGUGGGGAGCAGUGUGGGGCUCGUGGUGGGGAGCAGCGUGGGGCUCGUGGUGGGGAGCAGCAUGGGGCUCAUGGUGUGGAGCAGUGUGGGGCUCGUGGUGCAGAGCAGCGUGGGGUUCGUGGUGGGGAGCAGCGUGGGGCCCGUGGUGGGGAGCAGUGUGGGGCUCAUUGUGGGGAGCAGUGUGGGGCCCGUGGUGCUGCAGCCGCCUCCCCCUGGUGCCCAGAGCCCCGGGCUGUGA